GAUUAAAUAUGGCUGGCACGCUAGAAUCGUGUGUAAAUCAAACUGUGGCAAUUGUUACUAACGAUGGCAGAAUUAUUGUGGGUUUAUUGAAGGGGUUUGAUCAGACAAUCAAUGUGAUACUUGAAAACAGUCAUGAACGAGUGUAUUCAUCAGCCUCUGGAGUUGAACAGGUCGCUCUAGGUCUCUACAUCAUUCGAGGAGACAACAUAGCUGUGAUUGGUGAGAUAGAUGAAGAAAUGGACAGCACUUUAGACUUGAGUGAAAUCAGAGCAGAACCUUUGAAUGCAAUUGUACACUGAACUGAAAUUCUAGCACUUCGUACUCAUUCACUUUGCACACAUGUUGGACAGAGUGUAUAUACAAAUAGAAAUGACACAUGUUUAGUGUGUACGUCAUUACUCUGUCAAUUUUGUUUAGACUUAGAUUUUUGUGAGUAUGCGUUGUAAGAGGUUACAACCUUACCGGAUGUACGUUUGCAUGUACACACUAAAUAUGGACUGAAAUGAA